CUUUCAUUUCUCCGAGAACUGUCCGAAAGUCACAUCUCGCCCUUUUGGUCCCCUCUUGUUUUGGCCUCUAUAAAACCAUCCCCUCUAACCCACAUUACAACUUGCAACAUACAUCUAAAGCAAAGGAAUAUUAGUUUCUUUCUUCCUUUCUAAUGGCGGCUAGGGGUGAAUAUGUUAAGGUAGUUCUAAUUGAUACUCAGUACGUUGAAACAGACCCCCACAGCUUCAAAUCUGUAGUUCAAAAGCUUACAGGCAAGGAUUGUUGCGUUUCAUGGAUUGGGGAGAGUUCAUUUUCCGCUUUAAAACCCCAAACAAAGGUUGCAGCUGAGAGGUCAUGGAGCACUGCCACGCCGAGCAUCGGUGGUGGUGGUGCUUCCGUGUUAACCAAGGGCUAUUCUUUUAAAGAUUUGGAUACAAUGAUCUUGGAGGCGCCGCCGGUGGACGAGUUGAAAUGGCUGUGGACUGACUAGCUAAUGAUUUGCAUUCUUUUUGUUUUACUACCGCUUGAUAAUUAUUUGAUG